GGCCCCCAGCGCGGCGCUUCAUGGAGCGGCCCGGGCCCGGCCCUCGGGGGCAGCGCGAUCCUGCGGGGCCCUGUGAGCUCCCAGCGCCGCGGCAUCAUGUUGCUGGUUGAGAAGACUACAGACUCCCCGGCGGCAGAGUUCUCGCUGGUGGAGGACGUGGCCCUGCACUUCGCUUGCUUGAUGGGCCGCCUCAACGAGCAGCGCCUCUUCCAGCCAGACCUGUGCGAUGUGGACCUAGUGCUGGUGCCUCAGCAUAGUGUGUUUCCCGCACACAAGGGUGUGCUGGCCGCCUACAGCCAGUUCUUUCACUCGCUCUUCACACAGAACAAGCAACUGCAACGGGUCGAGCUGUCUCUGGAGGCACUGGCGCCCAGUGGCCUGCAGCAGAUCCUCAACUUCAUCUACACGUCCAAGCUGCUCGUGAACGCUGCCAACGUGCACGAGGUGCUCAGCGCGGCCUCGCUGCUGCAGAUGGCUGACAUUGCAGCCUCCUGCCAGGAGCUGCUGGACGCUCGAUCCUUGGCGCCCUCGGGCCCUGUGGCCCUGGCACAGCCGGCUGCCAGCUGUGCUCCGGUGCCUCCACCACCCUACUACUGUGACAUCAAGCAGGAGGCAGAUGCCCCAGGCCUCCCAAAGAUCUAUGCCCGGGAGGGCCCUGAUCCCUACUCUGUGCGUGUGGAGGAUGGAGCAGGGACAGCUGGGGAUGUAGGCUCUGCCAAUGCUGGACCGGCACAGACGCUCUUCAAGGAGGAGAAGGAAGGGGCCCCUGAAGAGGCAGAGGCCCCGGGUAGCCUGUGCAAACUGGAAAGUGGAGAGGGGCUGGAGCCAGAACUGGAUGCCUCGGGCACCUACGGGCACCAGGAGCAGUCACAAAUCAUUGUUGAGGUGAACCUCAACAACCAAACACUGCAUGUGUCCACCGGACCCGAGGGCAAGCCAGGCUCUGGUGCCAAUCCAGCCACCGUGGUGCUGGGCCAGGAGGAUGGCAUGCAGGGACACUCCGAAGAAGAGGAGGAGGAGGAAGGAGGAGGGAGUGGAGGGGGAGAGGAGGAAGAGGAAGAAGAAGAAGAGGAGGAAGGCAGCCAGGGAGAGGAGGAGGAGGAGGAAGGGCCCAGUGAUCAUCAAGAGGAUGAGGAUGAAGAAGAUGGGCCCAGUGAGCAGGAUGCAGAGAGUUCUGAGGAGGAGAGGGAGGCUGAGGGCAGGCAGGACCCAGCAGGUCCCGCUGGGUGUCAGGGCAGCCAGGUGGACCCUCCACCGCACAGCCGAAUGUCCACACGGUCCCGGGGACAGAACACCCGGCGCCGGGCCACCCCUGAGCCGGAGGAGGCUGGACGUAGAGGUGGGAAGAGGCCCAAGGCCUCUGGAGCUGUUCUGGCAUCCCAGGCAGCUGAUGGGCUGGGGGCCAAGGUGAAGCUGGAGGAAAAACAGCAGCAUCCAUGCCAGAAGUGCCCUCGGGUCUUCAACAACCGCUGGUACCUAGAAAAGCAUAUGAACGUGACCCACAGCCGCAUGCAGAUAUGUGGCCAGUGUGGGAAGCGCUUCCUGCUGGAGAGCGAGCUGCAGCUGCACAGGCAGACAGACUGUGAGCGCAACAUCCAGUGCAUGACGUGUGGCAAAGCCUUCAAGAAGCUGUGGUCCCUUCAUGAGCACAACAAGAUAGUGCAUGGCUACGCGGAGAAGAAGUUCUCCUGUGAGAUCUGCGAGAAGAAGUUUCACACCAUGGCGCACGUGCGCAAGCACAUGGUUGCCCACACCAAGGACAUGCCCUUCACCUGCGAGACCUGUGGGAAGUCCUUCAAGCGCAGUAUGUCGCUGAAGGUCCACUCGCUGCAGCACUCGGGGGAGAAGCCUUUCCGCUGUGAGAAUUGCAAUGAACGCUUCCAGUACAAGUACCAGCUGCGGUCACAUAUGAGCAUCCACAUUGGCCACAAGCAGUUCAUGUGUCAGUGGUGUGGCAAGGACUUCAACAUGAAGCAGUACUUUGACGAGCACAUGAAGACACACACAGGGGAGAAGCCUUAUAUCUGUGAGAUCUGUGGCAAGAGUUUUACCAGCCGCCCCAAUAUGAAGCGGCAUCGACGCACACACACAGGAGAGAAGCCAUACCCAUGUGACGUGUGUGGCCAGCGUUUCCGCUUCUCCAACAUGCUGAAGGCACACAAAGAAAAGUGCUUCCGUGUCAGCCACCCGCUGCCCGGUGACCCCGCCGCCCUGCCUGCCACGCACCUGCAGCCCACGGCCCCGCUCUUCCCCACAGCACCUCCCAGGCUGGACACUAACUGACCCCCAGCACAGGCCCUCUUGGCCAGGGCCAGCGGAUACAGACUAGGGGCUGGGCUGCAGCUGGAUACCCCUGGCCCUGGGUCCUGGUGCAGCUUCUUGGAGAUUUUACUCCUUGUGUUUGGGAGUAAAAGAACAGAGAGGGUCUGGUUGGCUGCACCCCUCCAGGCGAGGGGUGCUGGAGGCAGCCGAUACAGGGCAGGGGGAGCUCUGGGCUGCAGGCAUGGCAGAAAGCCAGGCAGGGCCUGGGUCAGUUUCACCUGCCCAUUCCUGGCUUCCCUGUGCCCCUAACCGACUCCUUAGGAGGGGAGGAUUUGGGUGUGCCCCAUUGAAGGAGUUCUGGAGCCCCGGAGGCCUGUGGCCAGGGAGGCAUGGCAGGAUACCAUGUGUGACUGGGCAGGGGAGUGUCAGCGUAUGAAGGCUGCUCCUCUGCGUGGGGCUGACUGGGGCAGGUGGGGGCUGGCCCCCAUGGGUUUCCUUUCUUACAUCCCUACCAGGCAGGUUCAGGAUUUCCCCAACCUGCACUGGGACUUUUAAAGAGCCCCACAUCCAGGAGAGGGUGUCUCUGGGUGCUGGAGACCAAGCCUCUAGGGGGGAGAGAACCUGAUUCACCAGGCCCAGCUUCUAGGGCUCCUGUAGGAGAGUGAGAUCCCAGGGAGGGGCCCCACAGGAGCCUCAGGCAAGUCGUUCAGGGUUUCAUGGUGCUAUCUGUGGGGCAGGGGACAGGGAGCUGUCCCUUACCAGCCUAUCUGGCUGCACUGCCCCACCAGGAGACACGUAUCUAUGUCUGCUCCCCCAGAAGCCCACAUGAGGCCUCCUCUCCUCUUGGGGCCAGGCCACUACCGCGCCUUGCUGGCCCCUGGUCCCUCUUGCACUCUGUACAGUCUGAGAUGCCACAGCACAGCGCAGCCAGGGAGAGAAGCUGAUGUGUUUAGGCCUCUGUGGGAGCUCAGCCAGUGCUCAGUGUUUGCCCUUGGGGGGGCAGGCAGUCAUAGGCCACCCCUCUCUGUUGUCACUUCAUGUCCUACGUUUCCCGGGUUUGAUCUCCCACUGUUGAUAAGCUUCUUUGUCACACUCUGCACCUUACUCUCCCUCCCGCCGCUCCUAGCCAUUCCCAGCAUGGCCACACUGGGAAGAGGCCAGUGCCCAAGGGGCUGGCAGAGGGUGAUGAAUCCCUUGACCUCCUCAGAGGCCCACGGAGCUGGGACAGCGGGCUGGGGACAUUUUAAUCAUCAAUAAACGAAGCACUUUAUUCUGUACAGGUGUGGGCAGGCCCAAGGUGCUCGGCUGAGUCGGCUGUCUUCUGGGCAAGGAAGGGCUGAAUGAGCUGUUGUUCCUGUAUAGACUCCCUUUCCUAGCCUGAAGAGCCAGGCUGCAGGCAUGCUCCCAGCCCACCCCACCCCCACCCCCACCCCACCCCCGUGUCCACUGGGAAGACAGGUGCGACCCUCUCUGAGAAAGGAAGAUUUCCCAUUUGGCUGCACACUCCUGCCCCACUGCCCGAGGUUGGGCUCCAAGCUCCUCCAGUGUAGCUCCUCCAGUGGUACCCCUAAUUUCUGGGCUUCCGUGAUGUCCUCAGGUACUCUUCCCUGCCUCUUGCUGUUUCUAACCUCUGGCCCCAGUGCCUGGCAGCUCUUCAGAGCUGGCUUAACAUUUUCCAAUAAUUAAUAAAUAAAUAAAUAAAUAAGAAAAAAAAGAGUCGACCACCUCAAGGGGUCGCCAGUCCUUAUCAUUUGCUGGCCCUGGUGGCCUUCAUGGGUCCAGAAACCCUGGCCAUUCUUCAGUAAACAGCAAUCUGAAGGGCAGAGGCUGGGAACAGAACCCUGUCACAGGAGUUGGGUCUCCAGCACCUUUAUACACCUUUCCCCAGGGGCCAGACAGGUUCUGGGCACUGGCUGGGAUGGGGGCACAGCCCCCCUCUCUGAGGCCCCUGCGUGCCUGGUGCUACACUCCCUGCCCUGCCCACAAAGAUUGCACUCCCUUCCUGCCAAAUGCAAUAAGCCCCUAUUCCCAUGCUGUGGAAUUGGGGUUCUCAUCCCCCCAGCUAUUUACCCUAUUUUUAAAGAGACGGUCAAGUCCCUGAAUGUUAGUUAGCAUGAGGGAACUGGAACAUGGUGGUACUUUUCCAGGCCCAAGACACAGUAGCCUUGGGACCGUUGCCUUCGGGGGGACUUGCUAGAGUCUCUUGCCCAGCUAGACUUGGUCUAACCCUGGGCCUGCUCCUCGGAACUGAUGCAGGCUGCUCUGGCCUUGGAGCAGUUGGGGAGUCCUCAUGAAGACACAGAGGACCUGGAACCCAGGGAUGCCCAGCCCCACAUCCCCUCACUGGGGUCUGGGUGGUUACAGGAAGACCAGGCCCAGGUGUGUGAAGCCUUACUGCCUGCCUGUGUAUGACACGUCCAUGGUCCCUCCCAGGGUGGGGACAGUAGGCAUUUGAGUGAGAUGAGUGGUGGAGAAUAAACUCAGUUCCACUCCUGG